AUGUCUCAACAAUCCAACUCUUCUCCUUCCAAGAACAUGCAUUGUUCUCCUAGCAUUGAACCAAGCAACCCUAACAGAGAAGAUCAUAUUGCUGACUCUGUGAAUACCCCACAUGCAAGAAGACCUAAAGAAACUGUAUCAGGCUUCUCCUCAGCCAUCGCUCUUGAGGAACAAACCAAAGAAGGUUCCAGGUAUGUUCACAAUGCCAUUGCCACUAUGGUGACUGGAAUACUGUCUGGAAAUCUUGAGGUCCCUGGGGUUUCCAUUCCACUAAACACUAUUGAACCUGAUAGUGUUGCUGAUCAAGAAAAUACUGAGUCUUUAGGAAAGAAUAUCUCUGAUGAUGUUGAGCAAACUGAUGCCCAUAAGGAGUCAAAUGCUGACAAACCCUUAGAUAAUGUGGCUGGUGAGGAAGUUCAUGUCACUUAUGAUUUCAGUGAAAACCCUAACUGUGAGGCUGAAACAAUAGACCUGGAGGAAUUUUCUGAUAAUGAGAUGUUGUCCUUUGUCCUCCCUAGCAUAGCCAAAAGGGUUAGGACUAGGAGAGAAAAGAAAACUGUGGCUCAAAGGUCCCCCAGAAAGAAGAUUAAUGUUCCAACCUCUUCCAAGACAACGGUGGCAGUCGAGAGUUCCCUCAAGAGGAAAGUUCAUGGUCCAACCAAAUCUUGGAGCAAAGUGGUUCCCAAGAAAAAUAAGACCAAGUUUGUUGUUGUUGAGUCUGACUCAGAUGUUCCUUGUAAUGUCUCUGACAUUCUGUCAAAGAAGAAUCCAACCACUAGCAAGCUUGCAGCUAGUGUCCCUGAGGUACCAAUUGACAACAUAUCUUUUCAUUUUGCUUCAAGUGUAAACAGGUGGAAAUAUGUUUAUCAGAAGAGGCUGGCUUUGGAAAGGGAAUUAGCUCAGAAUGUCCUAGACUGUAAGGAUAUUAUGGAUCUUAUUCAAGAGGAUGGUUUGAUGAAGACUGUGACUCAGUUUUCAAAGUGCUAUGAGAUGUUGGUAAAGGAAUUUAUUGUUAAUUUGUCUGAAGAAUGUGUUGAUGGCAAGUCUAAGGAAUUCAGGAAAGUGUAUGUGAGAGGCAAGUGUGUAAAUUUCUCUCCUUCAGUGAUCAACAAGUAUUUGGGAAGGUCUGAUGAAGCUCAACCUGAGCUUGAGGUAAGCAAGUGGCCUCUCAAAGGAAAAUUGGUGGCAAGUAAACUGAGUGUCAAGUAUGCAAUGCUGCACAAGAUUGGAGUUGCUAACUGGGUGCCCACCAAUCAUAAAUCUACAGUUGAUGUAAUGCUUGGAAAGUUUAUAUAUGCUGUUGGAACCAAAGCCAAAUUUGACUAUGGCUCAUAUAUUUUUUAUCAAACUUUGAAGCAUGCAGGAAGCUUCAGUGUGAAGGGUCCUAUAGCCUUUCCUUCUCUCAUAUGUGGUAUUGUUUUGAAUCAGUUUCCAAACAUCUUAACUGAGAAUGAUUUUGUGAAGAAAAGAGACAGCCCUAUGUCUUUCAAUCAUAAGUUGUUCUUAGGUACCCAUGUCCCUGACAUUGUCAUGACAUCAGGUGAGACAUCACGUGUAAGCAAUCAGCCAGGUAAAACUGCUGUCAUUGCAAUGCUCAAACAAACCUGCAGGGAAUUAGAGGCAAGGAAGCUGAACUUGGAAAAAUUGAUUAGCUCUUUGGAGAUGAAUGAAGGUGAUGUGCUAGCUGAUGGUGGAGAAUUUGGUGAAGUUGCGGCUAUUGCAGAAGAAGCUGAAAGACAAGGUGAAGAGGGAGAAGCAGAUGCCAGUCCUGAUGAUGGCACAAAUGGUGAUGCUGACUCUGAGCCAGAUGACUAG